CAAAACCUUGCUUGAAAGUCUAAUAGCUCCGCUCUCGGCUUCUCUACCGAGAUACUUGACUUUGAUCAUCUGUCCGACUUCAAAGUUCCGAGCACUAGGAUGCGCAAAGACAGUUUGAUCCAGAUGACUAUUAGGAACAAAAACAGGCUUCAUAUCAUCAUACAGAAUCACCAUAACACCACUGUCCUUAACUUGGACAAUCUUAGCCUGGUAAAUUUCUCCAAAAUACAUCUCGGGCGUCUUCUUGUCCUUCAGCAGGACAUCAAUCAUCUCCUUAGCUUCUUUCAUCGCCGUUUCAUUGGGAGCAAAAAUCGAGUAGGUUUUAUCAUCCUGCGGCUGAAUAGUCACCCCAGUUUUCAGGCCAAUAGCCACACCAGCAACCGAUUGAGAAAUCGGAACUCCAGCGUCCAAAAGCGCCAAGCUUCCGCCACAGACGCUGGCCAUUGA